AAAAGAAAAAAAAAGAUUAGUGCUAAAUAAUCAAGAUUAAGAAAGGAUACAUAUAUGUCUCAACAUGACAUCCAUUCAUUAUGGUCUCAUGCCACAGCAGGCAAGAAACUCCACAGUGCCAAUCACACCAAUAGGACUGCCAUUGUGGGCAAGCUGAGUGCAAGGGAUCUCUCAAUUGUAUGGAGUUCAGACCCUCGUCAGUACUGGAAAUCAUCUCUGAGGAUAUAGGAGGUCGAGUGGUUGAUGUUACUGAGCUAGUGAAGGUAUGCUGGCUACAGAUUGAUGGGAAAUAUGAGGUUAAAAAGCUCACUAAAGGAGUGCAUUAUGAAGUGAUGUUUGUGGUUAAGCUGUUGGAUGAUCUUAACAUUAAGAAACCAGUGACCUUUCGCCUCACUCCUCCUGGUGAAUGCACUCAGGUGCGUCGAAAAAAGUUGAUGGAAAUGCCCAAGAACCAAGUCAUAGGCAUCACAGUGGGAGAUUUUCAGCCCCGGGAGGUGUUUGGAAGCAGUGAAAUCAAGUUUUCUAUGGUGCAGGUUGAUGAUUGUUGGAAGCACGGCUUGGUUAUAAUGGGUGUUCUUCUCGUGCCUAAACUAUAACAUUUGUUUUGGUUGUUUUCUUAUUUGGUUGGAAGCACGAUUUGUUAAUAUCGCAGGAUUCUUUUCGAAAUGGUAACUUGGCAAGCAAAUUUUUAUGUGAUCAGAAAUCAGAUGAAUAUGAAAAUUUAUUC